UCAAGAAUAGGCCCUGAGGCCGGUCCUCCUCUCACAUGCUCCUCAUGCCGUGGUGUGAUCCACCAUUCUACUUUUGGACCCGCGGGUGGUGGUAUUGAAGACCGUUACCGGUGUAGAGGAUCCUAUCCAUCCGAAUCAAUAUGAGGACGAGAAGAACUAGCCAUUUUAACAAGUUAGCGCAACCAUAUUUCCAUUCCUACAGUUACUAGCUAUGGAUGUCUCACGAGAGCCUUGGCCAUGCCAUUCACAAGCCAGCAGCUGCUGGACCGAGAUUCUCCGAGGGCUCAAUUCUUGAAUGCUUUUCUUUAGUAUCGUACUCCUCCUCCAUUCCUCUCUCGUUGAAUACACUCUGUUCUCCCCUCUGUACUUCUACUCCUCGAACCUCUCUACAACUAAAUGUCUUCUUCAGCAGCCAGAGAGGCGGAGCAGCAGGCUUUCGAGGCCGAAGUUGAAGCCGUGAAGCAAUGGUGGUCAUCACCACGCUGGCGCUACACAAAAAGACCGUUCACUGCAGAACACAUUGUCUCCAAGAGAGGAAACCUACCCAUCUCCUAUCCAGGCAACUACCAAAGCAAGAAGCUUUGGGGUGUUCUGGAGAAGAAGUUUGAGUCAAAAGAGCCCAGUUACACCUAUGGAUGUCUCGACCCCGUCAUGGUCACCCAAAUGGCCAAGUACCUGGAGACGGUGUAUGUCAGUGGAUGGCAAUGCUCUUCCACUGCUAGCAGCACACACGAGCCCAGCCCUGACCUUGCGGACUACCCUAUGGUAAGUUUUAUUUGCUGCGGCAGUCGAAUUCUGUUCUCACAUGUCAUCCCGAGCGGAGUGUGGGAUUUGGGGUUCUUGGGCACGUGACUCACGGGCAGUAGGAUACGGUUCCGAACAAAGUCGACCACCUCUUCAAGGCGCAAUUGUUCCACGACAGGAAGCAACGAGAAGCACGCCUAUCUGUCCCAGUAUCCGAGCGUGCUAAGCAGCCGAAUGUCGAUUACCUUCGCCCUAUCAUCGCUGAUGCUGAUACCGGCCAUGGUGGGCUCACAGCCGUCAUGAAGCUCACAAGGUUGUUCGUUGAGAAGGGUGCUGCCGGAAUUCACAUUGAAGACCAAGCGCCCGGGACCAAGAAGUGCGGCCACAUGGCUGGUAAGGUGCUGGUACCUGUGGGCGAGCACAUCAAUCGGUUGGUGGCCAUCAGGGCGCAGGCCGAUAUCAUGGGUAAGCCAUAUAAUUUCCUUCUCUUAGUACCACACCUCUCACUCGUGCGUGCGCAGGUGCCGAUCUUCUUUCCGUCGCCCGCACAGACUCCGAAGCCGCGACCCUGAUCACUUCAACCAUCGAUCACCGAGAUCACCCCUUCAUUCUCGGAUGCACAAACCCAUCGCUUCAACCCCUCGUCGACCUGAUGGUCACUGCCGAAACCUCUGGCAAGUCUGGCGAUGCACUCCAAGCAAUUGAGGAUUCCUGGCUAGCGUCUGCCAACAUCAAGCUUUUCGACGAGGCCGUUAUCGACGCUAUCAACGCCGGCAGCUGGCCCAACAAGUCCGGGUUGAUUGAACAAUACCUUUCCGCUUCACAAGGAAAGAGGAACUCUGAAGCCCGGGCUAUCGCCGAGGGCAUCACAGGGACAGAUAUAUUCUGGGAUUGGGAGAGCCCUAGAACUAGAGAAGGGUUCUACAGGUACAGAGGUGGCACCAAGUGUGCUAUUAUGAGAGCUGUGGCAUACGCUCCUUACACCGAUUGCCUAUGGAUGGAGAGCAAGAAGCCGGAUUACGCCCAAGCUGUCGAAUUCGCCGAGGGCGUCCAUGCUGUUUGGCCCGAGCAGAAACUUGCUUACAACCUUUCACCCAGUUUCAACUGGAAGGGCAUGUUCAUUCCAUACAACCUCUGUAAAAUCUUAAUCCUAUUCUAACACCCUACCACAGCCGCCAUGCCAUCAGACGAGCAAGAAACAUAUAUCAAACGCCUCGGCAAACUCGGGUACUGCUGGCAAUUCAUCACCCUCGCAGGUCUUCACACCACUGCCCUUGCAUCAGGUACCCCUCCUCCCUCAUCCCCUUCCAGUUUGAGCAAACCUAUACUAACGCAACGUAGAUACAUUCGCAAAGAACUACGCCAAGCAGGGUAUGAAAGCCUAUGGCAAUCUCGUGCAGGGGCCAGAAAUGGAGAACGACGUCGAUGUUGUCCUUCACCAAAAGUGGAGCGGAGCAAACUACAUUGACAACAUGCUGAAGAUGGUCACCGGUGGUGUGUCGUCGACCGCGGCGAUGGGCAAAGAGGUCACGGAGACGCAGUUCACGGGAUACACAAAGCAUUGAUCGUUUCUGAGAUCUUUUUUCUCCUUCCUUCCUUCUUUUCUUCUUUCUUUUCAUCAUCAAUCGUGUGUGGCUGUAAGUGCGAGUGCAGGCAGAACUGAGUAGAAGACUUAAUUUUGUUUUCCCUCUUCUUUUUUUCUCCAACAAAUCUGGGGAGGAAAAUGUGACGAGAAAUGAGUGACCGACCCACCCAGUUUUAGCAUUUUUUUAAAAAAAAGAUUUCCUCUUC